AACAACAACAGCAGCAGCAAGGAAACGAUGGGAAGCAGGGGAGGAAACCAGAAGAACAACAAUAAGAACAACGCUUAAUUUUCUGCAGCAUCGUCGGCCGAAAAAAUCAAACAAACGAUUGCAUUUAAGUCGCCCUGCGAUAUUUUCCUGUCGAAAGUGCACCAUCUCCCCACACAACUUGAACGCAAGGAAAUACUGAAUUUGCUUGUUUUUUCCAAUCAAAAUGGAACAAAAUAAAUAAUCAAAAACAAAAAUCAUCCAAAUCCAAAUAAACUGAAAUCGAACAGUUGAACGACGAACGAAAAGCAAUCGAUAUCUCUACCAAGCCAGCUAAAAUACUAAGAAAACAUGGAUCUAAGUCUGGAACGCGAUAGCUCCGCGCUGGGUAGUCUCUUCCAGCAGAUUAUCAAUGACAUGAAGAAUACUUCGCCACUGUGGGAGGAUUUUGUGGCUAAAGCCGGAAAACUGCACACAUGCUUGAGGGCCGCCAUCCAGGCGAUCGCCGCCUAUUUGGAUGCCUUCCAAAAGAUAGCCGAUGCGGCGACCAAUUCAAGAGGAGCCUCCAAAGAGAUCGGCACCGCCCUGACCCGCGUCUGCCUGCGCCACAAGGCGGUGGAGACGCGCCUGAAGACCUUCACCAGCGCCAUCAUGGAUUGCCUGGUGCAGCCGCUGCAGGACAAGAUCGAGGACUGGAAGCGCACGGUGGCCACCAUCGACAAGGACCAUGCCAAAGAAUACAAGCGGUGUCGCAGCGAGCUGAAGAAGCGUUCCAGCGACACGCUGCGCCUGCAGAAGAAGGCUCGCAAGGGUCAGACGGACGGGCUGCAGUCGCUAAUGGACUCCCACAUGCAGGACGUGACCCUGCGCCGCGCCGAGCUGGAGGACGUGGAGAAGAAGUCCCUGAGGGCGGCCAUGGUGGAGGAGCGGCUGCGCUACUGCAGCUUCGUUCACAUGCUCCAGCCGGUGGUGCACGAGGAGUGCGAGGUCAUGUCGGAGUUGGGUCAUCUUCAGGAGGCCAUGCAGUCGAUUGCCCUGGUAACCAAGGAGCCCAGUGUCCUGCCCCAGGCCUCCGAGGAGCUCAUCCACGACGCCAAGGCCAGCAUUAAUCUGUAUCCGGAGUCCCCGGGCGGCGGUUCCGGCUCGCAGGGCGGUGGCUGCUCCAAUUCGCUGGGUUCGCGAAAGAGCUCCGUCUGCUCCAUCAGCAGCAUGAACAGCAGUGGCUCCAGCAACUCGCCGGGUCACCAUCACUAUCCUCGCUCUCUGUCGCAGUUUGUAACGCCCGCAAUUCGCUUGAAACCUGGUGAAUCCAGUGAUAGUGGCUUUUGCUCAUCGCCAGCUCUAACAACACAGGCUUCGAAUGCAACGAAUCAGACGGCAAAUGUCUCCACCUGGCCCCCACAUUCCCAGGACGUUGUGGACACCCUGCCACCGACCGCCGACCGUCCGCACACUAUCUCGACGGCCUACGAGAAGGGUCACCAGCGUCCGCCGCUGACCGUCUACACGUUCCAGAACCCGGAGACCAUUCACGAGUCGGGAAGCUGCCUCAACAACGGAUCCGCUGCCCCGAAUGGUCAGCCCGCCUCGGGACAGGCCACGCCGGCCACCCAGAAGUCUCCGGCUGCCUCACUAAGUCGGCCCCCUUUGCCAGUUCGCUGUUCUUCGCUGGAGCGACCGCUCUCGGCCCAGAGUAACCACCGCCAGGGAAGCGGGAGCAACCUGCUGCAGCGCCAGUGCCCCUCACCGAUUCCGGCUCAUAUCACGAAAGAGCUGUCCGCAGCGCACCAUGCACAGCAGCAGCAGCAGCAGCAGCAAAGCCAGCAGCCCCAGACGCCGCCCACCUAUGUGAACAUGUCCGAGUUGGCCACCAUGGCGGCCUUGAAGCUGACCAACCAGCAGCAGCAGCCGCAGCAGAAGCCCUCGCCACCGCCUCUGCAACAGCAGAGCUCCAUUGACUCCAUAGGAUCGCAGCAUUCCAACGACUCCUCCGGCUCCCAUCAGCUCCUCCAGCAGCAGCAGCAGCAUCAUCAGCCGCUGAAUCAUCACUCAGCCACCGCCACACGCUCCCAUUCCAUAUCCUCGACGGCCUCGUCACUGCACUCGCAUCCGUCGAUCGACUCCACCGUCGCUUGCGGCUCGCUGGUGGGCCAGCCCAACCACAGCACCAGCACCAACACGAACACCACCUCGCCGUCCAGUGGCAGCUCGACGCCACAGAAUCAUUACUCGCCCCUGCUAACCAACUCCCCCACGUCCACAGCGGCAGGUACUCCCAGCGGCAGCAGUCUAGGUGGUCCUGGAUCAUCGCUGGGAUUCGUUUACCAGGUCAGCUCACCGACGCCGCCUUCUAGUGAGGUGCUGAAGAUCACCGAGCAGGCGGCAGCUGGACAGGAUCAGGGAACGGUAGCAGAGGAGACGGAUGAGCGGUCGCGAGCCUCCGUUCUGCAGAAGGCCUCGAUGUUCGAGAAGGCGGCAGCAGCGGCAGCGGUUUCGCCACCGGCUCCCAAUCAGGUGGCUCCGGCAGUAGCUUCUCCAGCUGCCGGAGGACGACGAUCCGAGGCGGAGCAACAGGAAAUGGACAAGUCUUUCGAAGAUUCAAUACAAGCACUAAAUAAUUUAAUUGGCGAACUAGACUCGUUCCAACGCGAGAUCGAUGAGGGCAAGGGCGGCAAGCCGAUGAGCAACAGCAGCAGCAAUAACAACCAAACGACGACCAGCAGCAGCAACAGCAACAGCAGCAGCGACAACAACAACCUGCCCACCAGCAACAUCGAGCCCUGCGCCAUCAGCAAUCAGACAAAUUCGAGCGGCUGUGGAACUGACAUAUCGGACACCACGUCCGACGAACUGGCCGGCGACGAGAUGGACGCCAGGCGGCGGAAUCGAGAUCGGGACAUGCUGGGCGCCAGCGAUUCGGAGCUGAGUCGCUGCUAUGUGAGCGAGACGAGUUCGCUGACCGGUGGCCUAACGGCCGGCGGCUACGAGAAUCCCACAUUCGCGCACUUUGUGGCCAAUGCUGCGAGUCGGGACGAUGCCAUUUCGCUGGCCUCGGACAGCGUCUGCCUGGGCCAGCCACGGCAUGCCUACGUGGACACAUGCAGCGACAGCGGCAGUGCCGUGGUGGUGAUCUACGACCAUCAGAUUCCCAACACGCCGGACAUUGAGUUCGUCAAGCAGAAUUCGGAGAUUGUGGUGCUGCGCACCAAGGAUCCGCAGCCCCAGACGCUGCAGCUGCACGAGAUGCGCGAGCUGCAGCAUUUGCCGGCCAAUUUGGCCGCUUCGCCGGACUCCUCGCCGGACUCCAACGGCGGUGGCCAGGCGCCGGCGACAGCAACUGUGGCGCCCGCCAAGCAGCGACUCUCCUCGUUUCGCGCCACCAGUGAGCAGCAGCUACAGCUCCUCGGACGCGGCAGUCCGCAAAGAGGUAAAGCAACCACUGAGCAGUCGGCACAGGACCAGCAUUUCCCACAGCAGCAGCAGGAUAUUAGCCAGACAGUAGAUCCCACGAGGCGCCAGCUGCCGCCAAAGCCCACCAGCUUGAGCAUUUUCAAUGGCCCCGCGCCCAGUGUGGGCGAUAGGCCGCUGGUGCCCCGAAAGUCCGACUUUAAGGCCGAUCUAGAUGCGAAAAUACGCAGGCAAAAGCAGAAGGUUAAGCAGCAGUUGCAGCAGCAGCAACAAUCGCCGCAGCAGCAGCAAGCAGCACAAGAACCGCAACACUCACCACAGUCGCCCCAAACCAGAAACUGUAAUGUCACUAAUAAACCAGCCGCCAAUGUUACUGCAUCCCCUGCAUCUGCAUCUGCAUUCAUCGAUUCGCAUCCGAACCAAAAUCAUAGAAUGCCAAACCAAAAUCAGACAGCCACAUCCAAUCACAAGCAAAGCAAGACGCCCGCAUUAAUGGCAUUGUUAUCACCGUCAUCACCUCGCGGCCAUCUACCAUUAUCAUCGUCAUCGCUUAGCACCACUUCAUCAUCAUCGCCAUCAAAUGCUCCGCCAUCGAUGUUGCCCGCCAGUGACCGACCACCCGCCCAUCCAUAUGUGUGCUCCAAUGCCCCAGCCAAUCCCCAUCAUGCCAAUAGCAUUUCCAAUGCCAAUGCCAAUCUCAAGCCGUGCAUUACGCCCCGGCCGGCCUCGUUGUCGGGAGGAGCAGCGGGCGGUGGCUCCACGCGCAUCGCACGUCGUUCGUCCAUCAAUCAGGCCAAGCCACCGCCGCCAGUGAGACGCAGCUCGUCGGUGACCCCCAGUCCCAAUGCCUCGGUGGGGCUGCAGCACCAACAGCAACAAGAACACCACCAGCUAAGCAGCUCCAGCGAGCACUUACCGCCGCCGCCGGCAUUCAUGCUAGACGCCAUGCCCCAAAUGCCCCAGGUGCCCCAGAUGCCCAGCUCGGCGCUGAAGGUAUCGGAGACGGUAAGAGCCCUGGCAGCCAUGCGGCACCAACCGGCAUCGCCUGUGUCGCUCAGACGCAUGCAACAGCAGCAGCAGCAACAGCAGCAGCAACAGCAACCUCUAUUGCAGUCUGUGCACCACCAAUCCCCCCUGAACGAUGACCCGACCGUCUACUACGACUCCUACUUGGAUCUGCACGCCUAUGCCCAGCAGAUGACCAGCCAGCAACAACGCUUUAACCACCACCAGCAGCAGCAGCAGCAAAAUCUUUAUCUACCGCCUGUUUACCAAGCUCCGCCGCCAGCCGAUGCCACGUUCCGCACUUCAUCACCAGCCGCUGGCGGAGGAGGGGGUGGCGGCGGCAUUUACGCCCAGCCCAAACUGGUCAGCAGCAUGUCCAGCUUCCGCACCAGCAGCCCCAGUCCCAAUGGACAUGCUCACCCACUGCCACCGACACAGCCAAAGACGAAUCCGAAUCUAAUUGCACAGCUCAAUGCACGACUCAGCGGCAAACAGCAGCAGCAGGUUGAGGGGAUCUAUGGAAACCAGCAGGCGCCCGGAGGAGAGUCCAUCUACAUGCGGAGUGGCCUGUCCACCAUGUCGCAGCCGCCACAGCAGCAACACUAUGACGGUAAAUCAUCAAAUCAAAUGCAGCAGCAACAGCAGCAGCAGCAGCAUAGAAUUUACGCUAGUUUCGGCACCUCAUCGUCAGCCAACAACAGCACUAAACAGCAUCAGCCGUCCAUUCUAACACCGACCACCUCUUUCAAUGCCUUGCCCCACUUUCCCCUGUCUUCAUCCACAUCAUCGUUGCUAUCGAAAGUCAGCUCAUUCUCGAACUCUUCAUCCGCAUCCGCAUCUGCAUCCCCACCGCCAACGGCAGCGGCCACCGGCUCGGCCAACUCGCAUUAUCAGCCACCUCAGCCGCCGGCUGACUUUGCCACCUACUCAAGUUCGUUUACCAAAAAUCCAGCAGCUGCUCAAUCGCCGAACAUGAGACAUGCCCAUUCCCAUCAGCAAUAUCAGCAGCCGCAGCAGCAGCACUACACCUGUCCGCCUCCGCUGGAGGAUCCGCCACCGCCGCCCAUUUACGCCGCCGGUGCCUCGGCCACGAUGCCCAAGAAGAUGGCCCGCCCGCCCACUGGCCAGAAUGCCACGCUGCCCAAGAACAUGAUGCAGCAGCAGCAACGAUUGCAGCAACAGCAGCAGCAACAUCAGCAGCAAUAUCAACAGCCGGCAGGUUUGGGCAUUGGCAACGGCAAUGGUCACUUGGGUCAGCGUCCGCAGUUGCCGCUGCCCCAGCAGAAACUUCGCGCGGCACAGCAGCAACUCUUGGCCGAACAGCAGCAACAUCAGCUGCAGCAGCAACAACAGCAACGCCAGCCACCCAUACCUUCGCGUCACUCGAGUGUGCAGCAAAAGAUAUUCGUCUCGACGAAUCCAUUCAUACAGACAACGGCCGUCAAAUUUCACUCGCCCUCAGCCUCGCCCACUUGCGGCUCGCCGGUGACUGGAUCUGGAUCAGGGUCCUUGGCCAGCAUUUAUGCCACAACCUCGCGUAGCGGCCACCAUCACCAGCAGCAGCAACAUGCUCACCAGCAGCAGCAGCAACACUAUUAUCGCGAUGUUGCUGGGGGCAACAGCAAUGGCGGCGCUGCCUACUAUAAUCACAAUGCCCAUGCCCAUUCCCAGGCACAUCACUCAAACUAUGCCACAAGCACAAAUAUCGAAAAGACUGGCAGCAUUCGGGCCAAGACCAAGGCCGAAUUCCUCGAGAAUCUCAACGCGAAGCUGGCGAAGCAGGGGAUGUCUGGACGAGCAUUUGCCGUGCGAAAUCUCAUUAACAGCAAGGCCCUGCCGGACCCGCGUAUAUGUCACGAGUCCCUAAUGGAUCAAAUCAAACGUGGAGCCACUUUGAAGCGUAACCAGAAGAUCAACGAUCGCAGCGCUCCCAAAAUACAUUGAAUUAACCUAUAGGCUUAAGCGGAUUAACAUAUUUAUUACCAUAAAAAUAAUAAUAAUAAUAAUUUAUCUAUGGAUAAUCAUGAGGCCCGACGCCUGCUCGAUUGCAGGGCUCUGCAGAGUUUGGUUUGAAACUGAAAACUCGAAACACAACAUAAAACUUAAAUACAUAUGAUUACGAUACAACAUAUUCGAUAUACGAUAUUUAACAAGCGCAUUAAGCUUAACGCGAACUAAUCAAUACCUUUCUUGAUUUCCUAUAUCCCAAAAAUAUGUCCGAAAGGCUUUCUUUGUUAAGUGAAUACAAAAUGGAAGACAGUUAGCACUCGUAUGUUUAUUUAUAUCCAAAACUCGAAUUUAUCUUUAGUGAGCCUCUGUUAAAGGAUAUUUUAUGUUUAUGUAUUUACCAUAUUUAUAAUUUCCCUUGCUUAUGUACAUACAUAUGAAUAUGAUUUUAACAAACACUCGAAACUAAUAUGACGCCUAAUAAAUGGAAUUUAUCGUAAA